AUGCCCCCCAGGAAACUCAUAUUCUCCCCCAGCACUUUCCUGCCCAAGUCCUCCGGGACGAAGCUGCGGGGUAUAUCCCUCGCCCUCGUUGCUGCCCUCGUCCUGGCCCUCGUGUUGAACAUAGGGGCUCUGUUCAUGCAUGUCAAGAUCCUCUCCCGUGGAAGUAAGGAGUACACGUACUUGGAAGGGGACCGACCCCGAGAGCUGCCCAUCAAAGUCCGCACGGUAAACAUGGGCUUCCACGACGACCCGGAGCACUACGCCAUGGCCGGUAUCCCCGCUUGGGCAGAAUGGAACGCCAUCCGCCCUCACGGCAAGGGCUUCGCCUUCCUAGGGGAAGAAUACUUCGCUUUCGGCGUCUCUAUGUGGCACCAGAUGCACUGUCUGAACCAUAUCCGCGCUGCUCUUGUAAACGGGGACGACGGCUCCGACCAUACAGAACACUGCUUCCACUAUUUGAGGCAAGGUAUCCUCUGCGCAGCGGAUACGACGCUCGAGCCUGGGGGGACAGGGAUGCUGAUAGAGAAUGGGGACAAGGUCGCUACGGGGGGAGGGGUAGUGCAUACAUGUAGGGAUUGGAGACAGGUGCAUGAUUGGAUGGAGGAGAAACAUGCGGGGUGGACGGAGGAGCAGCAAGUGAGGAUUAAUGUGCCUAGUGGACAUGCAGGACAUGGAGAAGGACAGGAGAAGAAUGAGCAUGAGGAUCAUGAGGGACACGGCAGCUAUUAG